AUGGCUUCGUCUGCUUUUCUCGGCCACAAGACCGCCACGGACCUUGUCGCCGAUGCCCUCCUCAUCACCGUCCGCUUCUCCGCAUCCAUCCCUGACCUACCCCUAGACGUUCCGAACCCAGAAGACACGACAGGUGCUGGUCUGAAACAAUUGAUCCGAUCGGAGCUCCCAUCUUCUAUCUCCUCUCAUCGCCUACGUCUCAUAUAUGCUGGUCGGGGCCUAGAAGACAGGACUGCUCUUGCGACCUCCCUCAAAUUGCCACCAUCCCCAUCUCGUACUCCACGCCCCGCACACGAUGGCGAUGACGACCAAGAUGAGCUUUCCGGGGUCAAGAACGGCUCAUCAACAACGCAAAAUGCCAAGGGCAAGCAGCCCCUGCGCGACUCUCGUCCACGCUUGUACAUCCACUGCUCCAUCGGCGACAUUGCCCUCUCCGAGACCGACCUCUCAGCUGAGGCGGCCAAUACUUCGGCCAUCAAGCUACAAAAGGAGAAAGAAGACGAGAAGAUGUCCGAUCCACGGCAAAUGUCCUCGCUCUUCCCGCCACGCGACCGCGCGUCUCAGCCCCAAGUCCAGCACCAACAACCUGCCGCCUCAACUACCCCAGCUCCUCGUGGCUUCGACCGCCUCCUCUCGGCGGGGUUUACCCCGUCAGAAGUCACGGCGCUACGCUCGCAGUUUCUAGCCGUGCAGUCUGUGUCUCGCACGCCAGAUACUAUGCCUACGGGCGAGGAACUGCGGGACCUAGAGGACCGGUGGAUGGAUGAGGGGUCUACCGCCGCGCAGUUGCAGGGUGGCGGAGAAGGUGGGCCGGUUGGCGAAGAUGAUGGCGGCCUAGGUUCUGGAUCGCGAAGUGCCAUGGACGACAUGCUCUGGGGCGCAGUUAUGGGAUUCUUCUGGCCCAUUGGGUGUGCGAUGUGGCUACGAAGAGAGGAGGGUGUUUGGAGCUGGCGUAAGGGCGUCGCUGUUUUUGUCGGCGUGGUCGUGAAUGCUGCCUUUGGGGCAAUGAGAAUUAUGAAUUAG